AUGUUGGCAGACCCGGCACUAGUUGGACGUAAAAUAUUUCAUGGAAGUAAUCUUAUAGCAGUCCAUCGGAGACUAACGAAUAAAGAUGAGUUUGCAGGAACUCAAGCAUUAAGAUAUGCUGAAAACCGAUCAAAGUCUUAUGCAUUGGAAACUGAAGAUGAGUAUAAAAAUAUACAGAAGGCAAAGGGUCUCGAAAAAUCUCUCGUCAAAAAAGAACUAACUAUUGAUAUUUAUGAGCAUUAUAUUUUAGAAGAAAAUACCCCAGCGAGUAAUAUUACAUGGAAAAGCAUUGAGGAGGCGCAACUUAAGAUAAUAAGAGAGGCAAUACAUAUUUGCUACAAAAAAGAUAGCAAGCUAGUUAGUGAAUAUGUCACAUAUAUAAAAAAUUUGCGUCAAGAGAAUAAUCCUGAUGAAUAUGUAAAAUCAACUACUAUUAUAUUAUUUCCAAAUGAGGAUGCCUAUGAAAGAAGAAUGAGUAGAUAUAGGAAAUGGUAUCAAGGUAAGAAAGAACUCCUUGCUAGUAUUAAAAAUUUAUACAGCCUUUACUAUACUUUAUCUAAAGAAGAGCGUCCUAUGACAGAAGAAGAAAUUAGUAAAACAAUAGAAGAGCUAAUAGCAGACAAAGGUGAAUAUUAA